AUGAAUCUGAAUGAGAUUCAGCAUAAAAUAAACCUAAAACCCCGUUUUCUUUUGCAGGAACGCGAGCGUGAGCGCCAGCUACGACUUGAGCUCGAGGCGGAAAUCAGAGAAAAGGACAAGUUAGCCCAGGAAAUCAUGCAACAGCAUGAAGAGGUAAGCGACUUGGAGGAGUUUUUCGAAAUGAUGACAUUAAUCUCAAAUCUCAAAUGCGCUUAG